AUGCCCGACAGCCCCAGGUUGUUGCAAGAGAAGCGGGUCUUGGCGGAGAUCCAAAGCCUUCAACGACAGAGAGAAGAGAUAUUUGCAUUUGGAGGGGAUGACAAGGGCGGAGAGAUGCGGGAGGAUCUUGCGGAGGACCACACGGAAUUCCACGAUGAGGCCGCACUGAAAAUGGUUUCUGAAUUGAACGUGCAGGUGGUCGUUUUGGAGUUCCGGCCUCCGGCAGAUGGAGACGCGGAGAAACUCUAUGGGGCAUGUUCUCUGAAUAAGUUAGAGGAGCUUGAAACGCUGUUGAAGGAGCCUUUGCAUCCUGAAGCGCUUAAGCCAAAAUCAUUGGAACAUGCUGUCCGUGCUGCUGUUGGCGCUUCGCAUUGGGAUUGCAUCGCUUUGUUAUUGGAAGCUGGAACAAAGACGAUUGUGGACUUGGUUUUCCCCCGUCAUCAAGCUGCUUUGGCUUUGGCGGAGGUCUUCCCAUCGCCACAGACCCGCAAGCGGCAUUCAGCCUUGAUGGAAGAAUUGCUGGAGAAGAUGGAGGAUCUGAACUCUAGGAUGGCUGAGGAGUCCUACGCAAGGCCUGAUUGGGAACCUGUGGUGAGGGUCCCUGUGGAGCCGGUCGUCAGGAGACCCGCUUGGGAACCAGUGGUGAGGCCACCUGUUGUGGAGCCAGUGGUCAGGGCACCUGCGCCGCCAUUUGUUCCUGCAGAACCGAUGGGAAGGAGGAUCCCGCACCCUGAGCCGGAGAUGAGGUCUCCAAGCCGAGGUAGGGAGAGGAGCCCAGCGGGCCUUACCGUGAAAGCCCGCAUCGCCCGACAGCUGGCAGCGAAGCUGGAUGCUUCUGUGCGGCUCUUCGGCACACGGAUCCGCGAUGUGGAGACUUUCCACCAGGCUGCCGAUGGUCAGUUCAAAGGAAGCAGAUACGGAAAGGUGCCACGGCACUUCGUGCCCAAUCGCGUCAUCGACCGCUUCGAGCUGAGUGAAGCCCUACGGCGCCUGGACAUUUUUGCCACGCCCCAGGACGUCGAUCAGUUGAUCUCCACGACAUCUUCAGUGGCGCUGGAAGAGCUCUUUGAGAUCCUUCAGCAGGUUCUGUGGCGUGCGAUCGCGAAAUUCACCAUAUGGUUCGACGAAGCCACUCAGAGGCCAGAGGAGGAGCUCCCACUGCCCCAGAAUGACAUCAAGGGCUAUUCUUUGCCGGGCACUGGCGUGGUUGCGGUGAGCGCAGACCCCUUGGCUGAAAGCUUCUACAAUUCUACAGCUGUCCGUUUUGCAUCGGUUACUCUCGCCUUGGUCGCCCACACAACUGCCACCAGCGAGCCAGAAGCAGGAGAGCGAAUUUCCACACUGGAAGACCGCAAAGAAGAGAAGGACCACAAGGCCUUCUUUGCGGCGAGCCGGACAGUUGAGCCAGCCGACGAUGAGACCAGUGCGGGCACUGCGCAAUCACCGCAUGACACGGACUCCGAGCCGUCAGAGGUGGAUGAGAGGCACAUGCCACACUUCGGUGGGGAAGGCAACGCCUUGGCGGGACCUGGAACUUGCCAAUCUUGA